AUGCUGACGUUGAGACGGUUCCAGCACACCUUCCAGAGGUUCGACGUGGCGAUUGUUAGAUCGCUGGCGAAGCCGAACGAGCAGUUCCACCUGUCGCAGCCGUUGCAACCGGGUCUCGCAGUGAAGACCGGGAAUGGGCCUAUUCUGCAUGACGACAUUAUUGGGAAACCGUACCGGUCGUUGUUGGAGGCUGGAGCUUCCAAGUACAUUGUGACGAAGCCCACGUUGGAGGAGUAUGUGGUGAAUCGAAGACGGGAAGCCCAGCCGAUAUAUGCGCUGGAUGCAGGGAUGAUGGUCGAAUUGAGCGGGAUAUGCGUCGACUAUCCUCAGUUGAGAGUUUCCGAGCAGGCGAGGGCACUGAGGCCGCCGGCUACGUUGAAGCUGUUGAAUGCUGAUGAUCCUUAUGACUUGGCGUUGAUCCGCAGGUUGCAGGAGCGUAAGGGCGCUUUGCAAGCUAAUUUGACUGCUACAAGGCCUCCUAAACAGUUUUUGGAGUGCGGAACAGGCCACGGCUCUCUGACUUUGAACAUUCUGAAGGAAAUACACGGUGGCAACGCAUUCUACGAUGGUGAGAACGACCUGACGAGGGGUUCCAUCCUGCAUUCGCUCGACAGGAGUGAAAAACACAUCAAGGUCGGUGUCAGGAACGUUAAGCACUAUAUGCGCGGAAUGUACUGGCCCGAUGUGGAGUUUCAUUUGACCGAUCGAGGUCCCAGCGAGUGGUUGCAGAGCGAAAUCUCCAGCUACUAUCGAUGUCAGCUGGGCCAAGCGCGGGAGAAUGAACCGUUCUUGAGCGGUGCCUUUUUAGAUAUGCCCUCGCCAGAACUGCAUCUGAGCGUUCUGUCCGACGCCUUGACGGUGGAUAGUCCAAUCGUUGUCUUUGUUCCAAGCAUCAUGCAACUCUGGGACUGUCUGUCCCACAUCAAGACUCAUGGCGUCAGGCUGACUCUGACAAAGGUCUGCGAACUAAUGGCGGGCUCGGGCGGCGGCAUGAGAGAGUGGGACUUGAGACGAGUGUCUGUCAGAGAGACGGGACAGCACGGUGUGGUGAUGAGGCCCAAAGUAGGAGCAAGAAUCGUAGGUGGCGGUUUCAUCGGCGUGUUCCGCAAGCUGCCCAACGACUCCAUUGUCAAGAAGUGGGACUAA